AUGGCCGCCGCGGCCCAGUACCUGCCCCGCGGAAGCCCGCUCCUGCCGCCGGAGUCGGAGCGCCUGCACCCGGGGGCCGCCUACCGCGAGGUCCAGAAGAUGAUGCACCACGAGUACCUGCAGGGCCUGGCCGCCGCGCCGGGACACCCGCUGGGCAGCCUCCCGCACCACCAGUGGCUCCAGGGCUCCGCCACCACCGGGGACUGGGGCGGCGGCGGCGGAGGAGCCGGAGGAGUGACCCACCUGGAGCAGGGCAAAGGCGGAGGCGGCGGCCCGCGCGGGGACCUCGAGGGCAGCGGCCACGGCGGAGGCUUCCACUCGCGCUCGCACCUGCUCCAUCCGCACCAGCACCAGCACCAGCAGCACCAGCACCAGCCGGCGGGCUCGGGCGGAGGGGUCGGCGGGGUAGGCGCCUGGGCCCAGGGCAGCCCCGGGGCGGCGUCGGGGGCGGCCUCGGGGUCGCACCACUUGGGAGGCUGCCCCUCGGCCCUCUCCCCGACGGCGGCCGGCGGGCACCAGGCGGCGGCGGCGGCGCUGCUCUACUCGCAGGCGGCCUACCCUGCGGGGUGCCUCGGAGGGAUGCUGGGCAGCGCCCAGGCCUCGCCGCUCCACCUGCCGCCCCACCAUCACCACCCCCACCACCAUCCCCCGCACUGCGAGGCCGAGGCCCCCGGGGCCCACCUGGAGGGCCACCACCAGCACCACCACCAGCACCACCAGCACCAACACCAUCAUCCCCAGGCGCAGCUGCAGGGCCUGGCGGUGGCUCCGUCGGGGGCGUCGUCGGGGCCCGGGGAUCCCUCGGCGGGUCUCUCGGACGAGGAGGCGCCCAGCUCGGACGACCUGGAGCAGUUCGCCAAGCAGUUCAAGCAGCGGCGGAUCAAGCUGGGCUUCACGCAGGCCGACGUGGGGCUGGCGCUGGGGACCCUCUACGGGAACGUCUUCUCGCAGACCACCAUCUGCCGCUUCGAGGCCCUGCAGCUGAGCUUCAAGAACAUGUGCAAACUCAAGCCGCUGCUCAACAAGUGGCUGGAGGAGACCGACGCCGGCAGCGGGAGCCCCGCGGGGCUGGACAAGAUCGCGGCCCAGGGGCGCAAGCGCAAGAAGCGCACCUCCAUCGAGGUCGGGGUCAAGGGGGCUCUGGAGAGCCACUUCCUCAAGUGCCCCAAGCCCUCCGCCCACGAGAUCGCCUCACUGGCCGAGGCCCUCCAGCUCGAGAAGGAGGUCGUCCGCGUCUGGUUCUGCAACCGGCGCCAGAAGGAGAAGCGCAUGACCCCCAACGGCCCCGGAGCAGCCCCCCACGGACCCCUGGAAGAGUACGCGCAGGCGCACACGGGCGAGGCCGCCCCCUCCCCGCCGCCCCGCCGCCCCCUCGCCCUUGCCCUCCCCUUGGCCCUCCAGAGCCCCCCCGGACAAUGA